AUGCCCGCGCAAAUUCGUGACAACGAAGGGGUCGUUCAUACCGUCCGCUCGCCAGAGCUCGGUUAUCCCUGCGGCAAGUUUAUCGCAGAUUAUGAGCUUCUAGAUGAUUCUAAAUGCUGGGAAGACAUCGAAACUGAAAUAGGUGUGAGUGAUUCCAGCAGCGACGGCCUCUUUAAGAUACGCUCGGACCAUACAGAUGACGUGAUCUCGUGUUACCUAGCACACUUUAUAUCAACCGGAGAGUACAGUUCUAGAGGGAUAUAUAUAGCAUCGCUCGCCAUCAAGCAUAAUCCAGCAAACUACUCAGCAUGGGCAUAUCGCAUGGACUGUUCCGAACGCCUACACCUGUCUCUAGAAGAUGAACUUGAUUUCGCUCGUAAAAUCGCAUUCGAAGCCCCGAAGUCAUACCAGGCAUGGCAAUAUAGACGACGGUUGUGUCAGCUACACAACAACCCGUACAACGAGAUUGAUUAUGUCAAGUUGGAGAUUGCGAAUUCGCCCAAGAACCAUUGUGCGUGGGCAUAUCUGUCGUGGCUAGCGCAACAAUUUGAUAUGACAGAGGAAAAUGUGCACAAGGAACUAGAAUUUCUAGCAUUUUUGUUAGAUAGCGACAUAUAUAAUAACACGGCUUGGGUCUACAAAAGUUUUGUGCUGAACCACUUUGGGCACAUGUUCGAUGAAGCCUUUUUCAUCAAAAGUCAUGUAGAUGACCUCAAGAAGAUGCUUAGCACCCCUUGGAAUGAGAGCCUAUCGCAAUAUUUGGUUAAUGCCAUCUCUAUGCUCUCUAAUAUACACACUGGAUGCCUGAAGUUGGAUAGCUGCGGAGAUGCCUGUACUGGCGACAUUGACGAUUGUGUAAUCAAGGCCAUUGAUUCAUGUGGUCAAGUGACGACGCCAAUAAUGAUGCUUAAGAGGUCCAUUGUGUCUGAUGAUGUGGAGAUAUUACAGGUCAGUUGA